AUGAAGGUCGAAGUUGACUCAUUUUCAGGAUCCAAGGUGUACCCAGGUAGAGGAACUCUCUACGUGAGAGGUGAUUCCAAAAUCUUCAGAUUCCAGAACUCAAAGACUGCAUCCUUGUUCCAGCAGAGAAAGAACCCAAGAAGAUUGGCAUGGACUGUUUUGUACAGAAAGCAACAUAAGAAGGGUAUUUCUGAAGUCGUUCAGAAGAAGAAGUCUAGAAAGGUCGUUAAGCACCAGAGAGCCAUUGUUGGUGCUUCUUUGGAACUCAUCAAGGAGAGACGUGCUCUUAAACCAGAGCAGAGAAAGGUCAAGAAGGCUGCUGCCAUUAAGGCUGAUAAGGAUAAGAAGAAGGCUGACAAGGAGAGGAGAAAGGCCGACAAAGCCAGAAGAAUUGCUGCCGGAGGCAACAUUUCUAAACAACAGGCCAGAGGUGCUUUCCAGAAGGUUCAGCCUACUUCUCGUUAA